GUCAUUAAAAAUCGGUGUAAUGUCAACUAGUGCAGUAGCUAGUCGCUAGUCGACGCCGCGCGCCCUCGCUGUGAACGCUAUGGAGAAAUGCAACAAUGACCUAUAGUAUAAAAUUUACGGCUUAGACCAUAGAAGCCAUAAAUGGCAUCCGUUAGUGACAUCUCAGAAACAGAUGUUAGAUCAGAACUAAACUACUCAUAGUUCAAGUGUCAUGGCGUUUUGGCAACACGCACGGCUAGUAGAAGUGAACAUGAAGUGAAUACAGUUAGUUCCAAGGAGACGUUGAUUUAGAAAAACCUAGAUGAAGUUAUCAAAAAUCAACAUAAUGUCAUUUUUGAAGUUAUGUAAUAUGGAUGCCAGCUUGACGGUUAAGAGGGGGGGGCGGAUUUCGGUCUGCCUCAGGUUCCCAGCCCCUGUGUGUACAUAGCUCAAGACGGUCCUUUUUAUACACAGGUGUGGUCGCAGGAUUCGUAUUCUCGAAGCUGUCUGAAGAGCGGGGGCCAGGGUGCAGCAUGCUUAAGCAACGGUUGCACUUCAAGACCUUUGCCGGGAUGCGUCGUGAGGAGGGCGAAUUGCCUACUCGCCCAUUCAACGAGUUCGUUUUAGCGUUCGGAUGCUACUUGCUACCUACUAGUUACCGCCACCGCUGCCUCUCGCACCAGUUCGUGUGACAUCUAGGAUUGUUGAUAUUUUCCGCCGUUUCGACAUUAUAUAAGCAAAAUUGUAGUCUUAUAUUUAGAAUUAAUAUCGUGACAGUUACGUGUUUUGCGGUUCUGCCAAAAUGGUAGAUCUUCCGUAGUAAUGGCAGAUCGGGCAGCCCUGUACGCGGCCACAUGAGGAAAUUCAAAAAGGCGGGAACUCAGUCAGGUUACAGGUUACGUUUACCGUGUGUUAAAAUAUAUGAUUACAUACAUGUUAUUUCAGUUUUAAUUUUCAUUUUGGGAUUUAAAUAAGUGUUCCCCAUUUGAUGUCAUAUACUAUGAAUUGUAGAAUUAAUUUAUAAUACCUCUGUUUAAAUAGAAUAAGGAAAGCAUUCUUAAAAUGGAAGAACACACGAAUCAAAAUAUUUCAAUAGCCUCUAAGGAAACUUACAUAGAACGUGCUGAUGAAAGAAAAGUAGAACAACCUUUUGACAAAAUGGAAAAAUCACUAAACAAUGAAAAAUAUAAGGCAGAUAUUCUCAUUCUAAAAACAAAAACUGAGGGCACUCAUAUACAAGAUAAUUUAGAAUUAAAGCCUUCUGCAUAUGAUGAUAAACAAGAUUUAUACGAUAAUGAAUCAGAAAACAUCUUAGUUGAGGAGCCACAUAUUUUAAAUACACUGGAGAAACAUUCAGCUAAAGUUGAUAGUGAUUCCACUCCUACCAAUGAAAUAGAUUCUUCAACAAAUGAGCAUCAGAUUUCAUCCAAAGAUGGACCAGUAUCUCCAUCAUCCGAAGUUGAGCGUGACUCAGAUGAAGAGUUUACUGAACAGAUUGCUAAAAGUCAUAAAAAGAAAAUGGCAACUUAUUCUGAUUCAGAGGAGGACAUUUCUGAUCAACUUACAAAGGAAGUUUCAGAUGGAGAGAAUGCACAAGGCAAUUUAAAAAAUAGGCCAGAUCAUAGUUUGGACAAGAAUUUUGCUGUAGCCAAUAGUGAUUCAGAUCAAGAGCUGACUGAACAAGUUCAUAAGAGUCGCAAAAAGAAAUUGAUGACUUUUUCUGACUCAGAAGAAGAUUUACCUAGUGUUUCACAAGAGCCCACAAAAGAGGCUGCAGGUAAAGUGGUUGAACAAGAAGCUGAUAUAUCAACAAACGUAAAGAAAUUAAAAUACAAAAGAUUUAUUGUUGAUAGUGAUUCUGAACCAGAAGUUGACACAACACCACAUAAUAAAAGUUUCACCACUGAAAAUGAGAGUGUAGAUGAUUCAAAAACAGCAGAUCCUAAAACAGUACCUAAUUUUGAAAAAAGUCGCCCCAGAUGGUCAAAACUAUGUGACUCUGAUAGUUCAGAAGAUGAACGUCCUCAAACCAAACCAGCAAGUCCAGAGAGAGAUGGGCUGGAAGAAGAAAAUAUCAAGCCAGUCAAGUAUAAAAGAAAACCACAACCAAGGAAAAAAGAUGAACCAAAGAAAAUGACCCGCAAAGACGCACAAGUUCUAAACAAACAGAUUGUGGCUGAAUCUCAAAGGAUGGUCAGGGAGAUGAAUGUAUCACUACCAUAUCACAAACCCAAGCAGUUCACCUUGAAAGAAUUUUUAUCUAGGAGACCAAAAUUAAGCAGUGCAGACCCUUUGGACAUCAAAGUGAGACCAUCAGUGGCUAUCAAGCUAUGCUCUGAGAAAUUGGAGGAAAUUUCGAAGAAUAUCGAACAACGUGAGGAGAAACUGAAAGAAUUCUACAAAUCAGAAAGCGAAAGUGACAGCAAUGAUAGUGAUGUAGACUACAUUCCUCCUACUGACGAUCAAAAUGACGAUAUCAUAAAUAAUUCUCAAUCUAUAGUUAAUACUCUUGAGUCAGGCAUUGACAGCCAACAACCCACCAUUGGAACAGAUUCAACUAUUAUCCAAGCAACACCCAUGGAUACAAACUUAAACGAAAAAGCUGUAGACUCUGGCAUUGAGACACAAGAUAUGGAAUGUGAGGAUACCAAUAAAAGUGGGAAUGCAACUGCAGCUAUACCUUUACAAAGUUCAAACACUGAGACUAAUAUAGGAACUGAUAAAGAAGAACUGGGGACAAAUGUAGAUGACAAGUCUUCAAUUGAUGAGAGCCCUGUAAGGAGCUCUGAGUCAGAUCAUGAAUUAAACGAUGAGAGUAGUCAUAGCCUGGUUGUAAAAUCCAUAGAUAUACAUCCUAAUGACUGUAAAGUUGCAUCUGAGAGCUGUGAAAUUCAAGUGUUAGCUACUAACACCCAAGAGCCAGUAGAUUCUAUGGAUUAUGAGUUUAAUCUGGAUGAUAUUGAAGAAAAUACUGAAAUAUUUACUUCAAAAGAAAAAGAAAAUCUAAAUAGUAAUGCUUCCAGUAUACAUAUUUUACAAAAUAUUGUUAUUGAAGAUAGCAAUGCUGGAUCACCUAAAGAAAAAGAGGACACUCUCAAGAGUGAUAAACAGAAAAAAAUUGAAUCUGACUUAGAGGUUGUUAUUGAAGAUAGCUGUGACAAAACUGAAUCACUCUCUGGCCAAAAAGGUUGUGUUUCUGUUGGGGAAAAACCGAUGCAUUCCGAACCUGAUGUUGAAUGCAGCAAUGAUAAGUCUUCCAAAGACAAACAGAGAGAACUAGAACUUGCUCAGUUAGACAAGGAGAUUCAAAACUUUGAUCCCAAUGGCAUCAAAACCUUGGAGGCAGAUACAGACAAUAAGAGACUGUCAAAAAUAAGACUGUUUUCGGAAAAGCUGUCAAAUCAUAAACCGAGAUUGAGUGGAAAUCCAGAUGAAGUGAUUGAUUUGGAUUCGGGCGUUACGCGACCUAGCGAGAUCAGCAGUUUGAUGCAGAGAUUCCUUAAACAUACAGCCAAAAAACACGUGCACAAUGAUAAGGUGAAGUUUAACGUGGUGAACAUAGAAGGAGGUGUAGCCCACAAAGAAACUCUAGCAAUCCAACUGGACGACGAUGAAAACCUAGCGACGAUCGAAGAGAAACCGGGCGUGCGUCUGAACAGAUUGCGCGAAGAGCUGCAGAAGCAAAUCGCUGCCAAGAGGUCGGAGCUGUGGCAGAAGAAGAUCACUGCUGAGAAGGCGGAAGAAGGGCAAGAAGAAGAAAAGGAUCCGUACGAUGGAGAGAAGUCUGACUGUGGGGCAGAUGAGGAUGACCUGCUCGAUAUGGAGGACGAGGAGGAGAUCAGUGAGUCUAGUGAGGAGGAGGAAGACGUUGAUGAGGAAGUCAGUGAAAAUGAAGAGAAAGGGAAGAAGAAAAAGUCGGCGUUCAUAGACGAAGAGGCGGAAGAAAGUGAUAGGGAUGAUAAGGAAUGCGAUGAGAAUGAAGAGGAUGUGGUGGCAAAUAGCGAACAUGAGAAUGACAAAAGUGAAGGUGAAAACGAGGAUGAGGAUGAAAAUGAAGAUGAAGACGACAAUCCAAAAGAAUCGACAGAAAAUCUAGAGACAGAGAAGACGGGCAGCGCUAAGCGGGUUUUGAGGAGAAUAGUGAAAGGAUUUACAGAAGAUUCCGAUGACGACGAGGAUGAAACUAAACCUUCAGAAACAACGGACGGUGAUAAGAAAGAUACGUGGGUUAGUGAUGCUAAUAUGGAGUCAUCACAGGAUGAUGAAGUACUUCCUUGUCACCAGCCACAAGCUCCGAAAACUCCAGUCUGUCAUCUAAAAUCCCGGACAAAAUCAGAUUUUGAAUUCUUAACUCCUGUCAAUUAUCUUACUGGUAUUCAAAAUUUAUCCGCAUCAAAGAAUUUGAAACAUUCGCCAACAAUUUCACCGUUUAGGAUGCCCACAAUGCCAUCUCCACUCAAAGGUAAAGAGUGGCACUCGGAUUUACAGAAAAAGUUGUUUGCUGAAUCUGAAAUUACUAAUUCUCAGGCACAAGCAAUGGAAAACCUUUGCAAAACCAGUUUUUCGUCAACUCAAGAGGAACCGGAUUCGACUGCUACCACUGUGAAUAGCAUACCAAAAUCUACAGAACACGAUUCACAGUCUCUAGAAAUUGUAUGCAGUGUUCCUCCGAAUAGUCAAGAUUUAUUAGGAAUAUGUUCUGGUUCUUUCACUGGCACGUCUAAAAUCUGUGAUACGAUAAACAAUGAAGGUGCUAGUGAUGACAUAACAUGCAGUGCUCAACCGACUACCCAGGAUCUAUUGAAUAUUUGUUCUGGUGCCUUUACCGGAAUAUCUCAAGUUGACACGAGUAAUUUAAGCGAUCAUUCUCCCCCGAAAGCAAAUCAAGAAAUAAAAAGUUUGGGUCCAGAACAAGACAUUAUUAUAUCUCAACUACUAGAUGAAGAAGAAAUGGAGAAAUUCAAGAGAAAAUUUGAUUCGCCUGUCUACACAAACACUCAGAGGAGAAUCGUUGAAGAGUUUGAAAAAGAAGUCACUGGGGGUGGUGUCAUCGACUCAGACGACGAUGAAGAGAUUGAGCUUAAGAAUAAGAAAAGAAAAAGGCAAAAGAAGAUUAUGUUUUCAGAUGAUGAGGACUCAAAUGACACAAAUGGCGCUGAGGAUGAAGAACAAAUUGAACUGCAAGAUGAUGUGCUGGAUGAAGAAGAAGAGGAAGACGUACCACCAGAAAAUGUUGAAUAUGAUUCAGAGGAAAACGAGUAUGAAGUAGUUCAUGAUAUAGAACGGGCAAAGAAAAAAGCCAGCGAGUUCUUUGAGAACGAGGCUGAAUUAUCUGAAUCUGAAUGGGGAAGCGAAGAUGAAGACGAAAAAGAUUUGGACGAUUUAGAAAUGGAAAAAGGUGACGAAGAGAAAUUUGAUGAAAAAAAGCUCAGGACUGACUUAGAGAAGAUCCAUAUGAGACGAAUGUUGGACGACGAUACCAGAGAGGUGAAACUGCUGCAAGAGCUUCUCUUGGAGGAUGGCGAGUUGCAUGGCAGCGGCAGAGAGCGUCAGUUCAGGUGGCGUAACAUCGACUCGCAGCUCGAGGAGGGGGAGGAACGCAAAGACGGGGAGGACGACUGUUACUUGGAGGAAGAUGAAAGCGAAGAGCAGUGGAGGCGAAGGAGGUACGAGAGGGAGGUGUUCCUACAAGAACAAAUGAGAAAGAAGGCUGCCGAGGAGGACGAUCUACUUGCUGAAGGCAGUCAGAUAUUGAAAGUUGGACAAAAGGUUGUACAAAAGAUGACGUCGAGGGAUAGUCAAGGAAGUCAAGCUGAUUCUCAAAAUGAAAAAAGCCCUGGAAGCCCGGUUUUGAUGAAGAGCAGGUUUACUCUAUCCCAUACUAGAGGAUCGUUCUUAAACAGAAAAGAUCAGGUGCUACAAAGAUUGGCUGUGUUUAACAAGGAUACGUCAGUGACGGUUGGGUCUACUAAAAUUACUGUUAAAAAUUCGAAGAACUUCGUAUUCCAGUCAAUUACUGCAGGAGAUGAGGAGGUUACGGAAAAGGUUCAAAAUAAAAGGAAAGCAAAUGACGGCACACCUAAUAUCUUGAAGAAGUUGAGGUUAUCAGACAAUUUGAGUCCAGCUGAUGCCAAAAGGAAAUCGAAGACGCCGAGCUCAAAGACAAAUCUUUUUGCUAAUUUGGCAGACUGAUAUUUAGUUAGUGUAUUUUAAUAUUUUUGAUUCAUAGACUGUUUAUAUUUUAUUAUCAUCUGAAUAAAUAUUUAUAAUAUUAA